AUGAGUGAUACAAAGGAAUCCAGAAAAGGGGUGAUUCGAAUAAGGCAGACGAAUCUCUUGCAACCCAUGGUAGACCCUCACGCGAAAGCGGGUGUGAAGCGGGUACAACACUUCCAAAUAUCAAAACGUACGAGCGGGUCAGCGAAAGAAACGCGAGUGAUGAUUCCGCCUUUAUUAUCCGGCGUAAGUCAUGGUAUUCUACCCGAGUUGAGGGAUCUUGCACUUCAUGACCGACUGCCAAAUCCUAACGCUAUCCCGGGAGGCGGCUCGACUUCAGAUCGACGUGAACGCGACUUUGAUAUCUAUGUUAAAACCCAUCUUGAUAACGGGUUUAUCCACAACGUCGAAGAAGCUAUCACGGUACAUAUACAUAAACAUGACUUCCUAAACCACGACGAGAUUGAGACGAUUCUCGAUGCUACCAUCACGUUGAACGAUGAAGCCCACGACAUCAACACUUGCCUCGGCGAUGCUCAACAUCUGCUCUAUUACUCGCGAAUGAUGCUACGUUCACAAGACCCAGAUGUUAUUCAACACCGUGAACUUUUCAAGAGUCAAUAUAAAUUGUCACGCAAAUCCUACAAACGCCUUCGGUCCAAGUUACGAGAGUACCGCAACUAUGUCAUGCUUCUAUGGGGAAUGAUGGCUCGGGAGAUCAAACGGACCUGCGAUAUCGAGGAUGCUGCUGUUAAUGGAGCGGAACCUGAGCUCGCCGCGCCGCCCUACACUCGUUCACCUUGA